AUGCAGCAAGACCUAGACAACGUUCAGGCAUGGGCUAUUAAGUGCCAUGUAACAUUUCCACUUCAGAAGUGCCAGGCAAUGACCAUCUCCAACCUGGGAGAGUUUACAAACCUGCCCUUGACAUUCAAAGCUGUUCCCAUCACCAGGUCUCCCACCAUCAGUGUUCUGGGGUUACCAUUGACAAAACGGGCCAGCCUCAUGAAUACUAAGGCCACAGCAGCAGCUGAAUCCAAAACUGGCAAUAAUCGAAGGGUCGUGGUCGAUGGAUAUUUGAGACAGUUGAAGGCUUUCUACUACGGAAUACUGCAGGACCCCAAUGUGCGGGCCCUGCUGUCAUGUUUGAGUGCUUAUGAGCAAUUCAACAUCCAGCUGAGGCGUGCCAAUGUUGAUGGCCAUCCAAGCAUCACUCAAAUUGUCAUGAAAAUUGAUGGAUCGGUUGUGGAAAUAAUUAAUUCAGUUAUUUCAGUUGAUGAUAAUGUAGUGACACCUCCUUUUACCCAUUCUGGGAUCAUGAUUGAGAAAGUCAGUAAUUACACCCGCAUUACAGCAAAGAUCGGAUUGAUUGUCUCCUGGAAUGGCGAUGAUGCCCUAGAGGAAUCUGUGUGUGAAGGGAUACUUGAAAGGCCAGAGUUUUCCAACUGCUAUAGCAUACUCAAUGUGUCACCUUUCAUCAAGAGCUGCAUGCUGGACUUGUGUCUGUGCAAGGAUCUGAAAAAGUCAUCAUCCUGUCUCUGUGAAACCUUGUCAGAAUUUUCUAGGCAGUGUGCCCAUGUUGGAGGGAAACCAGCCAACUGGAGAGGGCAGGAGUUAUGUGAGGAGACAUGUCACUUCAAUAUGACCUUUGAAGAAUGUGGUACGCCAUGUGCAGAUACGUGCUCAAAUCCCUACAGGAGCCAGAUGUGUGACGAACACUGCAUUGACGGCUGCUUCUGCCCUCCCAAUACUGUCCUUGACGAUAUUUCUAACAGCGGAUGCAUCCAGCAGGAACGGUGUCCUUGUACCUACAAUGGGUUGUCUUAUGCAUCGGGAGAGUCUUAUUCCACCAAGUGCAGUAAAUGUGUUUGCAAUGGAGGGCAGUGGUCUUGUACUGAUCUACCCUGCCCUGGCGUCUGCUCCAUUGAGGGGGGUUCUCACAUCAACACAUUUGAUGAAAGCCAUUAUACAUUCCAUGGAAGGUGCUAUUACGUUCUUGCUAAGGACUGCAGAAAUACAAUGUUCACAGUCUUGGGAGAGCUGCAGCCCUGUGGCAUAACAGAAUCUGAGACCUGCCUAAAGUCAGUGGCACUGACUGCCUAUGGAUCUCAAACCAUCAUCUCCACCAACCCCAGUGGCAGUGUUUCUAUCAAUGGAGUCUCAACUCAAUUGCCUGCAACCACUGCUAAUAUCACUAUCUUCAAGCCCUCAAAUUUUUACAUUAUUCUUCACACUCCCUUCGGACUGCAGCUGCAGAUUCAAUUAGUGCCCCUAAUGCAACUCUACAUCAGUCUGGAUCCUGUCUUCAAGAACCGGAUGUGUGGUCUUUGUGGAAACUUCAACAACGUACUUAAUGAUGAGUUUAAAAUAGCCAGUGGUCUUGUGGAAGGAACACCUGCUGCGUUUGCAAACACCUGGAAGACUAAAGCCAGCUGCCCCAACCAAAAAGAUAUUCAUGAAAAUCCAUGUUCCCUCAGUGUUGAAAAUGCAAAAUAUGCCAAACAUUGGUGUGGACUGCUGCUGGCUGAUGACUCUCCAUUUGCCCCGUGCCAUUCACAGAUUGAGCCCAGCGUCUACUAUCAGCAAUGUAAAUAUGACAGCUGUAACUGUGAGAAGAGUGAGGACUGUAUGUGCGCUGCCCUCUCCUCAUACGUUCAGGCUUGUGCAGCCAAGGGUAUUGUCAUCACCAACUGGAGAGCUAAUGUGUGCUCAAAAUACACCAAUUGCCCAAAGACACUUGUCUACAGCUACAAUAUGACCAGCUGCCACCGUACCUGCCAAUCACUGGCCACACCAGAUAAAACAUGUGAGGUUGGCUUUGAGCUGGUGGACGGAUGUGGUUGUGCCGAGGGAACCUACAUGGAUGACACUGGGAAAUGUGUGGAGGCCUCCAGCUGCCCUUGCUACUACAGGGGGUCAGUCGUGCCAGCGGGAGAGGUCGUUCAUGAGGACGAUGCCAUGUGCACCUGCAAUCUGGGGAAACUCGAAUGCAUUGGAAAAGAUUCAACUUCCCAAGCCUGUGUGGCUCCUAUGAUAUACUUUGACUGCAAUAAUGCUUCGACUGCCAGCGCUGGCACAGAAUGUCAGAAGAGCUGCCUAACCCUUGACAUGGAUUGUUAUAGCACAGAUUGUGUCUCAGGGUGUGUGUGUCCUGAAGGUUUGGUCUCUGAUGGAAUAGGUGGCUGUAUUCCCAUCAGUGAAUGUCCCUGCACACACAAUGGCAUCCAUUACAAGCCUGGGGAAAUAAUACAAGUGGACUGCAACUCAUGUGGAUGUAACAAAAGAUCGUGGAACUGCACAAAUCAAGAGUGCUAUGGAACGUGCAUGAUCUAUGGAGAUGGGAAUUACAUCACUUUUGAUGGGCAACGCUACACUUUUAAUGGAGACUGUGAAUAUAUAGUUGCACAGGAUUAUUGUGGAAAAAAUCCUUCCAACGGAACUUUCAGGAUAAUCACGGAAAACAUCCCUUGUGGUACCACUGGAACAACGUGCUCUAAAUCAAUCAAAAUCUUCUUGGGUAACACUGAAAUAAAACUCUCGGAUGGAAAGUAUGAGAUCAUAAAGCUUGAUCAUGGUAUACCUGUGCCUUACGAAGUACGCCACCUAGGCAUUUAUCUUGUAUUUGAGGCCAAAAAUGGGCUAAUACUGCUCUGGGACAAGAAAACAAGCCUGACCAUUAAACUGAGUCACUCAUUCAAGGGUACCAUCUGUGGAUUGUGUGGCAAUUAUGACGGGAAUGUGCAUAAUGAUUUCACCACAAGAAGCCAAUUAGUAGUUGCAAAUGCGGACGAGUUUGGAAACAGUUGGAAGGUGUCUCCUGCAUGUGCGAAUGUAAAGAAAAACGAAGACCCCUGCUCAAUUAAUAUUCACCGAGAUGCAUGGGCUCAGAAACAGUGCAGCAUUCUCAAGAGUGAGCCAUUCCUAGCUUGUAAUUCUCAGGUUGACCCAGCCCCAUACUAUGAGGCUUGUGUCCGUGACGCAUGUGCCUGUGACACUGGUGGAGACUGUGAAUGUUUGUGCACAGCUAUUGCUGCCUACGCCAUGGCAUGCAGGAUGGCUGGAGAGUGCAUUUCCUGGAGGACCCCUGAACUUUGUCCUGUCUUCUGCAGUUAUUACAAUCCCAAUGAUGAGUGUGAAUGGCACUACGCACCUUGUGGGAUUCCCUGCCUAAAAACCUGUCAGAAUCCCAGUGGAUCAUGCUCCAAAAUUAUCCCCAAACUUGAAGGCUGCUAUCCUGACUGUCCCGAAGAUAAGCCAUUUUUGGAUGAGGAUAAAAUGGAAUGUGUUCCAUUGACCCAGUGUCCCUGCCAUUUUAACGGGAAAUACUACAAGCCAGGUGAAUCUGUCCCCUCUACGCAGAACUGUGAAUCCUGCAAGUGUAAAAAUGGUGACAUACACUGCACCUAUGACAAAUCAGACUGCACCUGCGUCUAUGAUGGUAAAACCUUCCAUGAAGGAGAAAUCAUAUACCAUACCAUGGAUGGCAUUGGCGGAUGCAUCAAAGCAACAUGCAGUGUGAAUGGAACAAUAAUCCGGCAGGUGUACCCGUGCCCUCCCAAGACCUCCACAGUUCCCAGUACAACACUGAGCUUUGAAACGACACCAACCACAUCGUCUGGAACCACAAUCAAAGUUACAUCGGAACAAAGUGAAACAACUGCAACAACUUCUACAUCAGCAGCAGCCACCACCACAACAACAGUUCCAGUGACCACACAGAGCACCACAACUACAACCACCACUGAAACUUCACCAGGAACCCAGCCAACGUUGACUAUCACCUCACCAGCAGUCACCACAACAGCUCCAGUCACUACACAGAGUACCACAACUACAACCACCACUGAAACUACACCAUACCGAAUCCAACCAAAAUCGACUACCACCUCACCAACAACAGUCACCACCACAACAACAGUUCCAGUGACCACACAGAGCACCACAACUACAACCACCACUGAAACUUCACCAGGAACCCAGCCAACGUUGACUAUCACCUCACCAGCAGUCACCACAACAGCUCCAGUCACUACACAGAGUACCACAACUACAACCACCACUGAAACUACACCAUACCGAAUCCAACCAAAAUCGACUACCACCUCACCAACAACAGUCACCACAUCCAGUCCAGCAACAACUGCCUCUACCCCUCCAAAGACAGAACCAUUGCUGUUCACAACAGCGCCAGUCACUACACAGAGUACCACAACUACAACCACCACUGAAACUACACCAUACCGAAUCCAACCAAAGUCGACUACCACCUCACUAACAACAGUCACCACCACAACAACAGCUCCAGUCACUACACAGAGCACCACAACUACAACCACCACUGAAACUACACCAGGAACCCAGCCAAUAUCAACUACCACCUCACCAGCAGUCACCACAACAACAGCUCCAGUGACUACACAGAGCACAACCACAACCACCACUGAAACUACACCAGGAACCCAGCCAAAAUCAACUACCACCUCACCAACAGUCACCACCACAACAACAACUCCAGUCACUACACAGAGCACCACAACUACAACCACCACUGAAACUACACCAUACCGAAUCCAACCAAAAUCGACUACCACCUCACCAACAACAGUCACCACAUCCAGUCCAGCAACAACUGCCUCUACCCCUCCAAAGACAGAACCAUUGCUGUUCACAACAGCGCCAGUCACUACACAGAGUACCACAACUACAACCACCACUGAAACUACACCAUACCGAAUCCAACCAAAGUCGACUACCACCUCACUAACAACAGUCACCACCACAACAACAGCUCCAGUCACUACACAGAGCACCACAACUACAACCACCACUGAAACUACACCAGGAACCCAGCCAAUAUCAACUACCACCUCACCAGCAGUCACCACAACAACAGCUCCAGUGACUACACAGAGCACAACCACAACCACCACUGAAACUACACCAGGAACCCAGCCAAAAUCAACUACCACCUCACCAACAGUCACCACCACAACAACAACUCCAGUCACUACACAGAGCACCACAACUACAACCACCACUGAAACUACACCAUACCGAAUCCAACCAAAAUCGACUACCAUCUCACCAACAACAGUCACCACCACCACAACAGCUCCAGUGACUACACAGAGCACCACUACAACCACCACUGAAACUACACCAGGAACCCAGCCAAUAUCGACUACCACCUCACCAACAACAUUCACCACAACAUCCAGUCCAGCAACAACUGCCUCUACCCCUCCAAGGACAGAACCAUUGCUGUUCACAACAGCACCAGUCACUACACAGAGCACCACAACUACAACCACCACUGAAACUACACCAGGAACCCAGCCAAUAUCGACUACCACCUCACCAACGACAGUCACCACCACAACAGCUCCAGUGACUACACAGAGCACCACAACUACAACCACCACUGAAACUACACCAUACCGAAUCCAGCCAACGUCGGCUACCACCUCACCAACAACAGUAUGUUCAUGCACAGUACAUGGAAGGAAACUAUUACCAGGUCAGGCGACUGUGACAUCUGCAGGUAAAUCAGGCCUCUGUAACUUCACAAUGUGUACUGACGAUUGUGAACUUGUGAAGUACACAGGAAGAUGCGAAAGUACAACCAGCACACCUGAAGUCACAACAGUAACUCCAACGCAUGAAGGAACCACAACCUGUACCUGUAACGCAGAUGGACAAACAAUGGUACCAGGUCAGGCGACAGUGACUUCUGCGGGUAAAUCAGGCCUCUGUAACUUUACAAUGUGUACUAAGGAUUGUGAACUUGUGAAGUACACAGGAAGAUGUGAAAGUACGACCAGCACGCCAGAAGUCUCAUCUACAACAGUGACUCCAACGCAUGCCGUAUCCACAGGCUGUAGCUGUCACAUAGAUGGUCAAACAAUGGCUCCAGGUCAGGCGACAGUGACUUCUGCGGGUAAAUCAGGCCUCUGUAACUUUACAAUGUGUACUAAGGAUUGUGAACUUGUGAAGUACACAGGAAGAUGUGAAAGUACGACCAGCACGCCAGAAGUCUCAUCUACAACAGUGACUCCAACGCAUGCCGUAUCCACAGGCUGUAGCUGUCUCGUAGAUGGUCAAACAAUGGCUCCAGGUCAGGCGACAGUGACUUCUGCGGGUAAAUCAGGCCUCUGUAACUUUACAAUGUGUACUAAGGAUUGUGAACUUGUGAAGUACACAGGAAGAUGUGAAAGUACGACCAGCACGCCAGAAGUCUCAUCUACAACAGUGACUCCAACGCAUGCCGUAUCCACAGGCUGUAGCUGUCUCGUAGAUGGUCAAACAAUGGCUCCAGGUCAGGCGACAGUGACUUCUGCGGGUAAAUCAGGCCUCUGUAACUUUACAAUGUGUACUAAGGAUUGUGAACUUGUGAAGUACACAGGAAGAUGUGAAAGUACGACCAGCACGCCAGAAGUCUCAUCUACAACAGUGACUCCAACGCAUGCCGUAUCCACAGGCUGUAGCUGUCACGUAGAUGGUCAAACAAUGGCUCCAGGUCAGGCGACAGUGACUUCUGCGGGUAAAUCAGGCCUCUGUAACUUUACAAUGUGUACUAAGGAUUGUGAACUUGUGAAGUACACAGGAAGAUGUGAAAGUACGACCAGCACGCCAGAAGUCUCAUCUACAACAGUGACUCCAACGCAUGCCGUAUCCACAGGCUGUAGCUGUCACGUAGAUGGUCAAACAAUGGCUCCAGGUCAGGCGACAGUGACUUCUGCGGGUAAAUCAGGCCUCUGUAACUUUACAAUGUGUACUAAGGAUUGUGAACUUGUGAAGUACACAGGAAGAUGUGAAAGUACGACCAGCACGCCAGAAGUCUCAUCUACAACAGUGACUCCAACGCAUGCCGUAUCCACAGGCUGUAGCUGUCACGUAGAUGGUCAAACAAUGGCUCCAGGUCAGGCGAUAGUGACUUCUUCCACUAAAUCGGGCCUCUGUAACUUUAUAAUGUGCACUUGGAAUUGUGAAACUAUGAAGUAUGCAGGAAGAUGUGAAAGUACGACCAGCACACCAGAAGUCACAACAUCUACAACAGUAACUCCAACGCAUGAAGGAACCACAACCUGUACCUGUAACGCAGAUGGACAAACAAUGGCACCGGGUCAGGCGACUGUGACUUCUGCAGGUAAAUCAGGCCUCUGUAACUUUACAAUGUGCACUGAGGAUUGCAAACUUGUGAAGUACACAGGAAGAUGUGAACGUACGACCAGCACGCCAGGAGUCUCAUCUACAACAGUGACUCCAACGCAUGAAGGAACCACAACCUGUACCUGUAACGCAGAUGGUCAAACAAUGGCACCUGGUUUCUGCAGUGGAUGGGCUGGUACUUAUUACCGUACUUUUGAUGGAAUUAAUUAUAAAUUCCAAGGAAAAUGCACCUACAUUUUGGUGAAGCAAAUAACGGAAAAAAUCAAGAACUUCAAGAUUUACAUCGACGACGUCGGUGCUGAGCCAGAUAUGAUGUGGUCAAAAGCCAUCAAAAUAUUCUACAAAUCUUUGGAAAUCACAUUGCUUCGAGUGGCUGUCAACAACACAGAAAGAAUCAAGGCACUGGUCAAUGGUCAGGAGCUUAUACAACCUUAUUUCCAUGAUGAGAUAAGGAUCAGUUCCUCGGGGAUCACUGAAAAGGUUGAGAUUAUUACCAUUAAUUCUACCAUUACUUUUGAUGGACUGGAAUUUAUGAUUGACCUUCCUUACAAGAUCUUUGGGAAAAAUGUUGAAGGACAGUGCGGUACCUGUACCAACAACAAGGCAGAUGACUGCACAUUGCCUGAUGGAGCAGUGACAUCUUCUUGUCUUAAAGCAGCUCCUCACUGGAAAGUUACAGACAAGAACAAGGGAUCUUGCGAAACAGGAAGCACAACCCCAAGCCCACUUCAUCCUUCAACUAUGCCGUCUGCAGAAACCACACCCAGCCCCACAACUACACCAACUGUCCCUUGUGCAGCAUCAGACAUUUGCAAGAUCAUUUACGGCCCUAUCUUUUCAAAAUGCCAUGACAAGGUUCCUCCUGGCCCAUUCUAUGACACAUGUGUAUAUGAUGGAUGCAACGCCAAGACUGAUACAAUAAUAUGCUCCAGUAUAGCGAUGUAUUCUAAGAUAUGCAAGUCUAAAGGUGAUGUCUGUGUGAAUUGGCGAGAUCACACCAAUGGAACAUGUGUAUAUCACUGCCCUGAAACAUGGAAUAUAAGGCAUGUGCAUCAAAGGAACAGCCAACCUGUGGUUCAAGGUCGACAGACAAAAAUGCACCCAGUGAUAAGGGUGCUGAUGAUGAAGGCUGUUUCUGUCCAGAUGGGAAGAUCCUUUUUACGCCAUCAGACACCUGUACAGAUAACUGUGGUAGAGUGCAUUGGUCCUGAUGGAAAACCAAAGCAGAUUGGUGAAACAUGGCAAAGCAAUUGUCAGGACUGUUCUUGCAACAAUGCAACGUUAAGUGUCGUCUGCAAACCCCACAAAUGUGCUCCAUCACCACCAGUGGUAUGCAAAGAGCAAGGAUUCAUACCAGUUGUUCAAAGAAAUGAACAGGACUUGUGUUGUACAGAAACCAAGUGCAAACCAAAGCAAGUCUGUGUGUACAAUGACACUGAAUACAAGCCGGGAAUGACUGUUCCUAAGGAUGCAUGCAAGAAUUGCAAGUGUACCGACAAAGUGGACCCAUUAACCAAUCACAGCGCUAUUGAGUGCACUCCCGUAAAUUGUGAUACUCACUGUGCUCAGGGCUUUGAGUAUAAGAAGCAGGAAGGACAAUGUUGUGGAAAUUGUACCCAGGUUUCCUGUAUAAUUGAAGUGCCAGACAGACCACCAAUAAUCCUUCAGCCUGGAGAAAAAACGUCAGAUGGGAAAAGCAACUGCACCAAGUAUGAAUGUAAAAAAAUAAAGGGACACUUUAUUCCAAACAUCUACAGCCCCCAGUGCCCACGCCUAGAUCAUGACAGCUGUGAGCCUGGAACAAUACACAUGGACUCUGAUGGCUGUUGUGAGACAUGUGCUCCAAAGACAUGCAGUGUUACAAGUACCACCACGUACAUCAAUCACCAGGGAUGUCGGUCUAUACAAGAAGUGCCGAUGACUUCCUGUGGCGGGCACUGUAUGACCUCUUCAGUGUAUUCUGCUGAAGCAAAUAUGAUUUCACAUAACUGCAGCUGCUGUCAGGAGUUGACAACCAGCAAGAAAAAUAUCACCUUACUGUGCCCAGGAGGUGCAACAACCGAGUUCACCUACACCUACGUAACCGAGUGCGGCUGCGUAUCCACACAAUGUGAAGGACUCACAAAGCAACUGGCAGAGCCUCAAGCUCAGGAUGUGGACCAAAGAACACAGAAGAAGAACAAGGAGCAGAGAUUUCCUGAGUGACCACAGGAAAUCAAUUAGAGCUCUCAGUAGAAAGGAUUAUGAGAUGUGAAUGCAUAGGACAUUGUUUAAAGAAGUUUAGCAUAGUU